AUGGACUAAGCUGGCAGGAGUUAACCAAGCAGUUGAAAGAGGAUGGUCUACCCAGAUGGAUGGCACACCUAUGUACCAGGUACAUCAGAAGGUGAAGUCCACAAGAAUGGCUUUGAUGGAAUGGAGAAAACCAUUGAAAAGGAAUUCUGAGGAAACAAUUCAAAAGCUGACUUCGAAGAUGGAGGAGUUGAGAGGGGAGGGAGAUGCUACUGAAAUCUUGAAAAUAAGAGGGUUAAAUCCAAAUGGUGAGGACCUAUGGAUGUGUAAGUUUUCUGUGAAAGGGAAAUUUUCUGUUCAUGCUGAUUAUGUGUCUUUGAUGAAAGAGAAGAUUUGCAUCACUUGUAUGUGUAUGGCCUCUCAGUGUGUAAGACUCGGUUUCUUGACCGCUUUGUUUCCUAUUAUUCCUGUGGAA